AUGCAGAGUACUCCUCACGGCUCUCGUGAGCCCAGUCCUUUCGCCCGCUCGCGCAGUGUUAGCGUUUCUAGCGACGUGACGUCGAGGAAUUUCCAGUCUAUGCCGCCAUCUGUCGAACCCGGCCCGGCUUUUAUCGCGGCUUCCGAAGCUUCGCAGAUCGUCAGCGUAGAAUUAGAGCAGAAUGCCAUGAUCCCAAUCCCCGACGGUGACAAUGACAUUGUCUCCGCCGGCAGUCUUGCGCUCUUGAACGGCUUUCUCGAUUACUUGCUUUUCAACAUCUUGGCUGUCGCAAAGUCGACCCAGCUGAACGACCUACGCCCGGCCAUCGCCGACGUCCUAAAGCCACGUCUUGCCAAGGAAGUUGUCAGCGCUGCAGAAGAUGAGUUGAGAGACUACAUGGGCGGUGAUCCAGAAGAUGAACUGCAGGAUUUCCGCGGUGGCCAGAAACCAAAGGGCGAAUUCGAUCUGGUCCGCUCCUGGAAGCUGACUCGCCUGAGAUGUAUGGUCUAUACUCGACUCGGCAAUAUGGAAGAGGAAGAGGAAGCCGAGUACAUCGCUGCCGAGGCUCUCGACGAGCCAAACGGGACGCCUCGCCGCUUUUCCAACCAUGCCGGAAACAUCACACCUGCUGCUGCCAUUUUCUUGACAUCCAUUAUCGAGUUCUUGGGCGAGCAUGCUUUGGUGAUCGCUGGCGAAAACGCCGGCAAUCGAUUGACCGCGAUACAGUCUAACCGGGAAGAUAUCAACAUUAGGGUGUCUGUUGAUGAGGUUGACAUGGAAAAACUUGCUCUUAACUCGACUCUUGGGCGGCUGUGGAGGACCUGGAAAAUGCGCGUGCGUACGCCGACGUUGUCGAGGACUCUAUCUAGGGAGUCUUUCUCCCGCCGAGGAUUCGCCAAUGGCGCAAGCACUACUCCUGCUGUCGAUGAAUCAAUCAUACAAGACCCCCCGCACGAGGAGGCGUUGGAAGAAGAAGAAGCUCAGCCAGAACUUUUCGACCCUGUCGAUAUCGCUUUGCCCAUAAAUGACAGCGAUGUCAAUGAGAUUGAGAUUCCCGGUCUUUGGACCGAUCCAGAGGAGAACACAGAUGCAGAAGCCACCGUUGCGCCGAUAGUGCGUACCCGAAGCUUGCGUCACCAGUCGACAGAUACAUCGCCCAGUUUAAACACUUCAAGCCAUCACAGAUCGCGAUCUCUUCCCUCUCAUGUCUUGAAAAAUAUGCCUUCUGAACUGAAAACAUCCGAAACCAGCAAAGAAAAAGACACGGAAGAGGAGAGUGAGAACGAUCCUGUACCGGCCCAGGACAUCGAAAGCGCCGCCCAGCCAGAGGCGGAUAACCCAAGAGCCCCCAGUAAAGCAGAAAGUUUGGAGAUUUUGGAGCGCAACUCACAAGGCUUGGGUGUUGUUGGGCAGACGGGUACUACGGAAGAAGAAGUUCCUGAUGCAGCCAGAAAUAGCCAACUUGUCGAGGAACAAAUCGUCGAGGGCCAGGGAACCUAUCAAGUUCCCAAACUAUCUAAUUUGACUGCCCAAAGACCGCGCCGACAGUCUACCAAGGAGACUCGUCCAAAAGAAAUCCCUGCUAGUCCUAUAGCGCAAGAUUCGGAUGUUCCCACAGGCUAUCGUGACGAUCAUCCGCCACCAACGCAAGGGGUAGCAGCCACGCCGCAUGUCAAACCCAAUUUGAUACAUGCAAAGGCAAAUUAUUUGGAUGACAGGUCUCGUUCGCAUCAACCGGCUGCCAGUGCGCCUACUUCUCAUCCUCGUCAGCUGGACACUAACCCUGAGGGAUCGACCGAAGAUCUUUCUGAUGACCGUACUCGUGGCUCAUUCAGUGCCAACCGCCGAACACCUUCGUCAUACACAGAAAGCAUCGGUCCACCUCGCUCAGUUUCUGAUGGUAGCGAGGGUAGUAUUUAUCGGUCUCGGACCCCUUCAUACGCGGCUUCGCGCACUCCUUCGAUCAACGGGCAACAUCGCCAAAACCUGGGCGAUAAUUCCCCCGGCCUGGAGCGCGCUGCUGUUCAACGUGUGCAUUUGGGAUCCACUACCUCUCAGGCGUCCACCAAAUCGCGUCGGUCUGAAAGCAUCAGCGAAAAACGACCUCUAACAUCCGGCUCAGCUACUUCAACUGUCUCGAAUAAGUGGAAGCUUCUGAUCGGUCGCCAUCCUGCGGAAGCCGACGUACCCCUUCCUGGACGAGCUCGACAAUCAUCUGAAGCCGGUACACCUGUCGAGGAUGUGGUAGAUGAGCCGUCCUUGGACGACCUUAUUAAGAGCGACGAGACGAUUCGCUUUACUCUGACGCCGCGUAACAUGCGGCAGAUGGAAGUAAGUUUGCCCUUCCACCGUAAUAUCAAGGGUUUGAUAUUAAAAGAUAAUCCACAGUCUCCUUCCUCGCCUCGUUAUAGUACGGCCCGAGACGAUCUUACACGCAACCCAAGUGGCACUGCUGAACUAGCCGAUUUCUUCAAAACCACAGCUCCUCCUGGAGAAGAACGUUCGCCAAUCACUCCAGUUGACCGUCCUCUUCCAAGCCCCACUGUCAGUACUCAAAAUCCCCCUGUCAAUGGUCUCCGGGCACACCCACCAUUGCAUCCAGCAAGCCCGGCGAGUCUAGGAUCAAACCGUAGUAGAGGAACAAUGUACCAGGCUCGUGAUGCCCGUACGGCCACAAAUUCCGUCCGCGACUUUGCGGACUUUAUACGUUCAACAGGACCUUCCGGUGCUUCGCCUACCAGUGCCACCCGGCCCUCAGAAAGCAGUCUCCGUGGCGAUUAUCGUAACAACUCUGCGUCUGCUAUUGUUAGACCGGAAACUGCCCAGUCUGGAUCAUCGCGAACGACUGCAAAGCCUGGAGAUACUCCAACCUCACCUAGGAAGAACGCACAGCGACUUCAAGCCCGUGAGGCCGCAGGUAACUCGGGCGGCAAAACGUCGGAUUUGAUCGACUUCAUCAGAGAAGGCCCUCCUGGCGCAUCUACUCAUCGCAUUCCUCGUACGGUGGCCCCCUUUCGGAAUACAAUGGACUCAGAGGAACUUAUGUCAAUGGAUACAGCGUCGACCGGCAAUACAACUUAUGUGACUUCCGGGUCCCCGUCUCUCGCCAGCACCCGAGCCGAAUCUGCCAACCUUGCUUCGAAUAACUCUAUGACAAGCUCCCGUGCUCCCCUAUUAGAAAACAGCAAUCCGUCUGAUGCACCGCCUCCUAUACCCCCACGCAAGCGUCGCGGCCCUCGAGACCCGUACGCAAUCGAUGACUCGGACGACGAUUUGGAAGCCCUGGUAGAGGCCCCGAAGCCGGCGGCCAAACCGAAGCGACAAGAAGAAAGUAUGCUCGACUUCCUCAACUCUGCGCCACCUCCAGUCAGCGAGAAGGCUCCGGAGCCAUUUAUCCUUUCUUCCAACACCGUACCUCCCAAGAGCUCGAGUGGAUCCUCAGGAUUUGGACUGAAAGGCCGCUUCAGACGAAAUCCGUCUGUCGACAAAUUCCCUUUGGCGAAGAAGUCGAUUACCUCAAUGCGGUCAGCGGGGCUCUUGCCCAGUAAUUCAAACGCGCCAGCAGUACCGCGCGUGUCGGCCACUGUCUCAUCACCUACCAACCACGUCGGUAGCCAACCUGGCAAGCUUCCUGCUGGACAUUCAGGCUUCGUAGCUCAUUCCGGCCAAGGACCUAGACCUGCAAACAAGACUGCUGCGCCAUUACCUCGUUCGACGCGUACGACUGAGACCGGCGCUCUAGCUGAUUUCUUGAUGAAUACGGGACCACCAGAACCACCUGUCCGAGCUCCAACUGCCAUGUCCGACGACAAAAAGGACUCGACCUUUUCCAAAAUCUUCCGCCGGAGGAAGGUCGAAUUCUAA